AUGGCUGAAGAGCCUGUAUGUACCGUUAAAGGUCGUGUUUAUACAGAACUCAAGUGGUACGGAUAUUUAGUACAGAAACCGUUUCAUCGGGAUUGGGCUAAAAUUCAAUAUCAGAUCACAUACCCAGUAAAGGAAUGCUGCACAAAUUUACUAAUUUAUUAUGACGAUCAAAUUAGGAUGUUAAAAGAAGAUAUGACUUGUAAAGAACGUGAACAAAUACUACCUGCUGAUAAUAAUCAAAUUAUACCAUUAUAUAAAAAUAACCGAACAGUAGGAUGUAACAUUUGGAACGAAACCGGAGAACCUUAUUACGUGUGUCUUGGUGAACGUAUAUUUCGCUCU